AUGUCAUUCACAUUUACAAGACAACGUUCUUCUUCUGUGAAUUCCCUUUCUUCAAAUCAUUCAAUGACUCCCUGUCUUAACAAUAGUGGGGCAAGUAGUGGGUUAAGCCACCCAUCCACCCCAGUCCCAUCUAAUCAUCUACCUUCUCAGCCUCACCAUCCCCCUAAUCUUCCCCCUUUAUCAACAACAUCACAUCCCAUUCCAACAGAGCAUACUGCUACAUCUAUCACCACCACUACUACUAGUAAUAAUAAUACUACCACUGCACCUUCUGCGUCAGUUUCAUCAGGAACCGCAAUGGAAACUAUGGCAAGCACUAAUACCACUACUUCAAAUUUAGAUUCUGCAUCACCACUACCUCCUCCUCCUAUUCCAUCAGCUCCUACUCCGACUCCGACUCCUAUGCCUGCAUCUGGUAUUUCAACAACAUCACAGAAUACAUCUACUACUCCAAUAUUACCUCCCCUCACAUCCAAUGCUAUAAGUCAAAAGGAUAGCGUCACGGCCACUCCUAAUUCUUUACGAAGUAUGUCAAUUGUUAGUUUAGAUAGAAGCCCUAGAAAUUCAAUCAUCUCCAUGGAUGAUAAUCUACGAUCACACACUCGAAAUAAUAGUACAACUAGUCUAGUGUCAUUAUCAGGGCAUUCAGCAACCCAUGGUUUUACUCAUAUUCAUUCAAAACAGGUUAAUGGUAUUAUUGGAGGAGUUGUGAAUUCAAGUGCAAUUAUAUCUGAUGAUGAUUCUGAAUUUGAUUCCUCCACUCCUUCAAGAACAAUUAUUAAACCUUCAAAUAGAUUUAAAAGAAGAUCUAAUAGCAAAGACGGGUAUUUGAAAAGAGAUUUUAAAUUUAAAUUUGAUGAUUCAAUUAACAAUCUUCAUCAUACACAUCAACCUCCAACUUCUCCUACUUUAAUGACUACUUUACCUCAUAGUUUAAGUGGAAGUCCUACUUCAUCUUCAUCAAAAUUAAAUGAUCCUAUAUCAUCUCCUAACUCGUUGACAACAGGCAAUGGUAGUGGUAACAGCAGCAGUAGUAGUACCAGUACCGGUGGUAACGCAGAUAAACAUUUGAAAAAACUGAAAACUGCAAAUUUAAUGCAGCAAUCAAUGUAUAUUAAACGAAAAUUAGCCAUUUCAAAGGACUUACAACUUGAAUUUUACAACAGUGUUUCAAAUAAUAUCAACAAUACCAAUAAUAAUGGUCUAAGUUCAAGUUUAUCUGCUAUAUCUUCAUCAACAUCUCCAUUAUCGUCAACAUCAAAUAAUCCAUUAUCUCCACUUCCUCCAUUAUCACCACCAAUAAUAUCAAGUGAAUUAUUAGAUUCAAAAUUCUUUUCUCCUUUAUUACCUAAUUCAAUGUCUAGAAAAUCCGUACCAGCACCUAAUAUUCCAAGUACUUUAAUUCCUCCAAAUUUACCAAUCAUGCAAACAUUACAGGAACAAAAUGAAUUGAUUAAUAAAUUGAAUAGAAAAUGGAAUAAAUCAAUGAUUAAUGAUACAUUGAAGCCUAAGGAGUUGAAAAAGGAUACUUCAUCUGAUAGAAUUCUAAAUAAUACCACUACAAAUACCAUCACUACAAGUAAUGGUAGUACUAAUAAUAAUAGUUCUGGUUCUUCAACAAAUGGUGUUCAUACAACAAUGGUUAAUCCAAGGAAAAGAUCAAGAAGAAUCCUGUUUGAUAGUGAUUAUGAUUAUGAAAGUUAUGAUGACUAUAAUUAUGAUAUUUAUGAUAGUUAA